AUGGCUUGCUCCUCGUCCUGCCUUACAUGCGUCACCCGAAGUUGUCAAGGUGGUUGUUGGAAGCUCGGCGAUGACCUCCCCGCUGGGCUUUCUCCAGGCAACGCCGUGAGGGAUGAACCCCUGCGCAAGAAUGUCCGAAAGAACUUCAGCUCUGUCGAGCUGUUCUACUGCCUCUGGGCCGUAGUGAGUUGCUCUAGGUUGGUUGUCGAGUUCGUUGCCGGCGUCGACGAGCUGUACCUCCAGACCGGCUUUGGCGAGGAGGAGGGCCAGUAA